AUGUCUGUUCUCACUACCCUGGCCCCCGUCCCCGCGGACGAAAUCUUUGCGUUGAACCGCGCCUAUGUCAAUGACUCACACCCGCAGAAGGUCAACCUGGGGGUGGGUGUCUACCGGACGGAUGAGGGCAAGCCGUGGCCGCUCCCUGUCGUGCGCGCGGCGGAGAAGAAGCUCCUCGCCGAAGACAACCUCAUGCGACAUGAAUACACCGCCAUUGAAGGCGACAUUCCCUUCCUGGAGCUGGCUCGGGACCUGAUGUUCGGCCUGGAUUCCAAGGACACAUCCGAGAAGACAAAGGCCAUCAAGGCCCGCGUUGGCUCCGUCCAGAGUGUGGCCGGCACCGGCGCCAACCACCUGGGUGCUCUCUUCCUGGCCCACCAGAUGAAGCCCAAGAACGUCUGGCUCUCCAACCCGUCGUGGGCCAACCACCUGACCAUCUGGGACCUGGUCGGCGUGCCCCGCAAGAGCUACCCCUACUACGAGCCCACGACCCGCUCCUUCGACUUCGACGGCAUGAUGUCCACCCUAGAAUCCGAAGCCCAGCAAGGCGACGUGAUCCUGCUGCACGCCUGCGCGCACAACCCCACAGGCCUCGACCCCAGCAAAGAGCAAUGGAAGGCCAUCGCCGAGCUGUGCGAGCGCAAGAAGAUCUUCCCCUUCUUCGACUCCGCCUACCAAGGAUUCGCAUCCGGCUCCGCCAGCGAAGACGCCUGGGCCGUGCGCUACUUCCUCAACGAGAAGCCCAACCUGGAGAUGUGUGUCGCACAGAGUUUCUCCAAGAACUUCGGCCUGUACGGCCAGCGCGUCGGCGCCUUCCACUACGUGCUCCCCGCCGGCUCCGAGAAACUCCGCGACACCGUUGUCAACAACCUCUGCCAUCUGAUCCGCGGCGAAUACUCGAUGGGGCCCACCGGCGGCUGCAGCAUCGUCAAGUGCGUGCUCACCGACGACGAGCUCACCGCGCAGUGGCACGACGACCUCACGGUCAUGAGCUCGCGCAUCAAGUCCAUGCGCAAGGCGCUGUACGACGAACUCACCCGCCUCCAGACCCCGGGGACGUGGCGCCACAUUGUGGAGCAGAACGGAAUGUUCUCCUACACCGGCCUGACCCCGUCUCAAGUCUAUGCCCUGAAAGACAAAUACCACGUCUACCUUCUCAAGUCCGGCCGAGCAUCUAUCAGCGGCUUGGCCGAAAACAACGUCACCUACGUCGCCCAGGCCAUCGACAACGUAGUGCGCAACGUCAACUAA